UUAUUGGCUGUCACAUAUGCAUUUAACACGUGGUGGUAAAACGUUCACAACCGACAAUUGAGUAAAUGUAUUUAACUUUCGCCUUUUCUUGCUCUCCGCUCGGUAUUUGGAUCGUCAGUUGGACAAUGGAACUAAAGACUAAAACAAGACCCAGAAAAUCCGUCCUUGAUAUUUUCUGCCAGUAUCUCCAUCAAAGAUCAGACAUCUUUUAAUCAUCAGAAUUUUUUAAAUUCAAAUAAUCAAUCAAUUGGACUAAUUGCUGAUAAGUUAAUCGUGAUUACAAAUGUCUUUUGUCUUACAAAAUAAUUUUUUUUUUAGCUGUCAAAUAAAACAAAGGCCGUUUUAAUUGUUUGCUAUUUUUCUCUGGUUAUUAAAAAUAAAAAAAAAUAUAAAAUAAAAAUGAAUAAGAACAAAUAAUUGGUAAUAAUGUGAAAAAGUAACGGUGUGUGUCAAUGACCGUAAGUUAAUACUCAAGACGAUGGGCUUCGUGCCAAUAUCUGCAGAGUUUAAUCCGUACAUUGUGUACCAGCAAGUAGAAAGUCCAAGUUGAUAACAACUGUGUUAAAUUAAAAGUGGGGUAGUAUAAAAUGACUUUGGAAAAUUUUAAAUUAAAUCAUCUUCACUAAGUAAUCGCGAUUGUUUAUAAUUAUUAAUUUUUUAUAAACUCCAAGAUUAUUAUUAAUUAUAAAAUUUAUAUUAUUGCUGCUGUGAUUACUACAUUGACACUCAAUACUCAUGUUUAUUUUGCGCCAAUACACGCUAAUAAUUUAUAAUAUGACAGUCUUUCUUCACAAUUGACUGAGCUCAGUGAUGUGAAACGUGUCUUGUCUUAAUCAUAUUCUAUAUAUGUAUUUAAAUGUAAUUUUUAAAUAAACAUUAAAAAAACUACAUACUCAGCUCCAUUUAAAUUCUGAUUAAAAAAAAAAAUGUUUGUAUAAAAUUUGUCAGUUGAAAUUACUAGUGCGAGUUUUUUUAAAAUUAUUAAUUAAAUAGAUCAGAAUAAUGACUGGAAUAAUUGAAAUUUUUAUUUUCUGUGGUGUUCUUUACUACCUUUACAACUUGAGAGGCAGUAAUAUGCUGGAUGUUUUAUCAACGCGCAUUCAAGAAGUUUAUGCCAAGUGGGAGUCCAGGACAGAUGUAAUUCGUGAUACUGAAGAUAAUGGCCAGCGUCUUUCUCUCGAUGGACUACGUCGUGCUGGGCAACAAAGUCAGCGAAGGCGGAUCCAAAACCGCGAGCAAAUAAGAAAAUUGCGCGAAGGCGCACUUUUUAAAAUAAAGGAAACAGAACUUUUUGUACCACCUGUACCUAAAAUCACAUCAUUUCUUUAUCAGUGCUGUCAAACCUGUACUCCUACAUCAAGGGGUACUUUUGCCAGUGAAGCUACGAAACAACAUCAGUCUCUUGGAAGAAAUAUUUUAUUGGUCGAACCUUGCGGAAAUAUAUUUUCUAAAAUUUUUUACCACUUUUCUUUUAUUAGCAAUGUCAAAAAAUAUGACUAUCCUCGAGUUACGCACACAGUUUUGAAUGACGAGAGAUUAAAGGAGGCAAUAAAAUUAACAGCUAUAGAAAGUUCAAAAAAUGAUAACAUAUCUGAGGAAGAAGCAAUGGCACGUGCAGAGACACGCGCUAAGACAAUAUUGUCACGAAUGGAGAGUACAAUGAGUCACAAUUUACUCCGGCUGACCGGCUGGAUACUGUUCAAGUUGCUUCCAUUAUUUAUGAAGGCUGUGAUAGUCCAGGACUCUCAGGUAGAGAUGGUCCAGAAGGCCAACAACAGAGGAGUACCGCUGAUAUUUCUUCCGCUUCAUCGCAGUCAUCUUGACUACAUCGUCAUCAGCUUCGUUCUUCUUUGCAACGACGUGCGAAAUUCAUUAAUUGCUGCUGGAGAUAAUCUGCGAAUUCCGAUAUUCGGUAAACUCUUGAGCGGCUUGGGUGCGUUUUACAUAAAAAGACGAAUAGAUCCAGUCCAAGGUCGCAAAGACAUGUUGUAUCGCGCGACACUGCACACAUAUGUGAUGGAAAGUUUACGCGCCGGUCAUAACAUCGAAUUCUUUAUCGAAGGCGGCAGAACAAGAACUGGGAAACCUUGUAUGCCUAAAGGCGGAAUCCUGAGUAUAAUUAUCGACGCUUAUAUGGACGGUACUAUCGAAGACGCACUUCUAGUACCAGUGUCAUUGAAUUACGACCGUUUAGUGGACGGCAAUUUUAUCAGAGAACAACUCGGGCAGCCCAAGAAACCCGAAACUUUUGGGUCUGCGAUAAAAGCCAUUUGGUCAACACUGAGAGGAAGUUAUGGUCUGGUAAAAAUAGACAUCUGUGAGCCAUUUUCUUUGAGAGAGAUGAUCAAGUCUAUUGACAACCAACAGACUCGUGCACUGAUGUGCAGACCAGUGGAAAAUAAAUCAGAGAAAAAAAUUUUAAAAGCCACGAUGUCGACGUCGUCUCUUUAUGGUACGGAUGUUGUUGAUGAUGAGCACAGACUGCUGGUUGAUUGUCUUGCUCGUCAUGUAGUGUACGACUGCGCUCGAUCAACUCCGAUAAUGUCAACGAAUGUUGUCGCUUUUUUGCUUCUCAAUAAAUUCCGGGAAGGUUGUACUCUUGAUAAACUCGUCGAGGCAUUUGAUUCUCUUAAACAAGAGUUGGAAUGGACUAAUAAAGACAUUGCAUUUUGUGGUGAGACAAUUGAUGUCAUAAAUUAUGCAUUAGAAAUAUUGGGACCGGGUUUAGUUAAACAGGAACGCCAGGAAAUAAUUAAAACAUUGGAAGGAGAAUCGAAAAUAAUAAAAAAAGAAGUCGUAAUUUCUAUUCAGCCGGUGUCGAUGUUACCGAACGUCAUUGAGUUGGCGUAUUACAGCAAUUCAAUGAUGAUUCACUAUGUCAUGGACAGUAUUGUUAUCUCAGCAUUGUAUGCUGCAUUGAAAGAACAAAUAAAUGACCCACGUGCUAUCGCUGAGAAUAAAAUUUAUGUAUUCCAACAUGUCAUACUGGAAAAAGCAGUCAAACUCUGCGACAUCCUUAAACAAGAAUUUAUAUUUUGUAAACCAUGUCAGGAUUUAGAGUACGUUAUUAUCACGACUAUUGAAAAUUUAUCUUACUCUGGUAUUUUGUCGCUGUGCGAAGAGUCUUAUUUGGAGGAAGAACUCUGGAGUAGACGGUACGCUAAAAAUUUUGACAACAGCUCGGACGAAGAGUACGCGAAUAAAACUGCAGCUAAAAAGAUUCAGUACAAAUUAAAUCUGGAGGCUGAUUCUUCGGGUCGUAUGGAGUUUCUUCACACUAUUCUUAGGCCUAUUAUUGAUACGUACACAUUCAGUGCCUUUACAUUACGUAAACUCGUUGGUAGGACACUCGUUGAGAGGGAUUUAGUUCAAGAAGUUUUGAGAGAAAUUAAAAUGAAUAUUGAUAGAGAAAUUGUUUACUAUGGUGAAAGUUUGAGUGUUGAGCCGAUUAAAAAUUCAUUGAAAUUAUUUGAGAAGUGGCAAGUUCUCGAAUGUCAUCCGGAAGAAAAUGCUAAAAUUUACUACUUGCGCGACGAAUAUGACAAUGACGAGGCUGCUAAUCAGAUAUACGAGUCUAUUGAAGUUUUCAAGUGGACGAAACAAAGUUAAUUGACAACUCAAGACUUAAAAAAAAUAUAAAUAUAUAAAAA